AUGCUUUCCGUAGCUGGCUGUAGUAUGGUCGAGCCGUUGGCUCCCUCGGUUCUCUAUUCCGACACCAAGGACAAGACCUUGUUGUCGUCCACAACCUCAUCUUCAGACUUGUCCCCGACGACACUGUCUUCUUCAAAUAGCCAGUCCAGUUCCCGUGCUCAGAGCCCUAUCAAACAGGCUUCCAGCACUUCCGAUGAGGACAUCAAUAGCAACGCUAGUGAUCUGGGUUCCCGUCCAGACACUCCACCAACGCCGUCCCUGAUAUCCACCUCAACCUUCACGAAAGUAAAUAACGACCUCAACAACUUCCAGAUAAGUCAGCAAAUACCAAACCAGGUAGUCCUGAAAAAAACAAAGCAUUUCACAUCUCACCAGGAUAGCUUCCUACAGCUUAUCGAACCCUUUCCCGUUCAUCCUCCGCAUUACAGCACGCUUCCUCCAGGUGGCUGUCCCCGUUUCCCAAUCAGCUUGAGACCUCACAGUGUAGAUGAGCAGUUGCCCACCUACACGCCUUCGGUAUACAAGCUAGGUAUAGUCUCGCGCAAAUUGGAAUGGCUCACGCCAUAUGAGCCUUCACCUACAAGAUCGUGGAAAUCGGUCAUAAUGGAGUUGAACUCUACCCAGUUGUCGUUCUACGCUGUUCCCAGCACUUUGGAGAACCAUCUCUUAGCAUUCAGACCUGUCACUUUACAUGGUGGAGAUCGCACUCGUAACGAGUUCGAUCCCGAGGAGUUGCGAAACGUCGAGAGUCACCACACAACGGAUGGAGACUUGCAGUUCUAUAAGAUGUGCCAGCGGUUGAACUUGAUUGGAACCGCUGAAGAUAGUAAGAAGAACAGCAAUAGCAAGAAGUUGAUCAGAUCGUACUCAUUGCAGCAUGCUCGUGUUGGUUUGGCUACAGACUACAGGAAACGGCCCAAUGUCUUGAGAUUACGUAUCGAAAGCGAACAAAUCCUCGUCUACUUUCCUACAACUAAGGAUUUGAUCGAAUGGAACAUGGCUAUUGGCAUUGGUAAAGACAUCGCUCUUGACUUGAACGAGCGUGAGUUGCCCAGAUAUAGAACCGUACCUCGUAGAAGAAGACGCGAUAGAAACGGCGACGAAGCUGCUAAUUACGAAGCUCAGUACCAAGCCUUGAUUCAACAAUCGAAACAAUCAGCGGCUGCUUCUCAGAACAGCCAGAACUCGUCCCGUGGUUUCAGAUUGCGUUCACAGUCCGAUCCUAACAGUAGAUUCAGGGACAAGCUCUCGAAGUUGAAGUCCAAGUUGUCUGUGUCUCUGACUCAAUCCACAACAAUUCAGGCUUCAGCUGCUUCAGCUUCACGUACUUUCAUAGACCCUACUGGGUUCUCUGGUACUCAAUCGUAUACCAUAGCUUCUACUGAUAAUUCUCGUUUCUCCAACUUAGAAAUCGCCAGAUCGAACUCGUCUCCUAACUUCACCUUAUACAAUGAAUCUGAGUACGAAGACGAGUCUGCUGUCAAUUCAACAUAUGAAUACGAUGAAGACGACUACGACGAGGAGAUUUACGAAGUCAUGACUAGAUCGAGAAACCAGACUUCUUCCUCUAGAACAGCAACUAGAGCCACACAAAGAACCAGAGCUAACACUACUUCUCUGCCCGUUGGUGUACCUAGUACAGGUAGUAACAACAGCUCGUUUGCUAGUACGGUGAUUAAAGCUGCAAACGAAGCGGGCUACCGGAUCGACUACGAGGACGAAGAUGACAUUCAAAACUUGAGUGAUUUACACCAAACAGAUGAAGAGGACGAGUAUGAAGAAGACGAAGUUGUCGAUAGUAUUGACGAUGAAGGAAAUGUACCUGGUGUACCAUCUACUUCUAAUCGAAGCCGUAAAACGAGUCGCAGAACAAGUUCAUCUUCUCAAAAACCGAAGAAGCUCACUUCUAUUCGAAGAAGCUUGGAAGACCAAAAAUGGCAGCCUCCUUUGGAAAAGGUGCAAAGCAAGAGAAAGUACUACAGAAACUGUCUCAGAUGCAUCAAGCCAUUAACCAUGGAGGAUUCUUGGACUAGUAAGUCGCUUGUCAAACCCACAACCUUGUCCCCAUUGAAUUUUGCAUACCUCAAGAACAUCAAAUACAACGGAGAGUUGUCGAUUUCCAGCAGCACUACCAGUUUGAUCAGCUUAAGUUCGACUGUCUCUUCACAAAACUCCACCAACGAAUCCACCUCCGGAUUCAGAAAAAACAGAAGCUUUUCCUUCAAAGAAAUCAAUGGCUUCAACCUACCCGAUUCUGCGUUAACGAAAGUCACCAACCACUUCUUGAAGGAGUACGUGGUUGGCGCCCAUGGAUUGAUUCCAAAGGACGUAUGA